CACCAGCCAGACUCCACCUCGUCUUGCCUACCCUCAGUGAGAGACACUCUGCUAGAGUCUACAUCAUCCACACCUGUUUGUCUGACUGUCUGUGUGUGUCCGCUCUGUGUAUCAGGUAGUCCGCCAACUGGUGGAAGUGAUUUAAAAUGACAUCAAAUUGAGUGGAACUAACAAUUUUUGCUUUUUUAUUCAUUUAACCGAGCGAAAAUUGCCGAGAAAAGGUGACUGCAAGUGAAAGUGACAGCCCACUGGGAGAACUAAUACAUGCACGUCAUCACGUGUAUAGACUGUGACUGUCGAGUGUUGAGAGAGAGACUAUCGCUUCACCUACCAGUCGACAACACCUUGUUACCAUGAGGCCCAAGAUGACUGGGAGCCGUCCCUCACUGCUGCUAACGGCGUGGCUUUUGGCAACGACCACUGGUGCCGGCCCCACUGAUUUCCCCGACUCCCGGCCCUGCGAAGCCCUCCAGGAGGGAAUGUGUCAGGGUUUGGGCUACGAGGCCACCUUCUUUCCUAACCUUCUGAACCACAAGUCACAGGACCUUGCUUCAGCAGAGCUCCUCUCCUUCCUUCCUCUCAUAGAGGUGGAGUGCUCAGAAGUGCUGAGGGAGUUCCUGUGUACGCUUUAUAUGCCCGUGUGUACAAACUACGGCUUCCACCUGCCCCCUUGCCGCUCCCUCUGUAAACAGGCGAGAGAGGGGUGUGAGGGUGUCAUGACAGAUAUGGGUCUCACCUGGCCGAGCAAGUUUGACUGCACACGCUUCCCGGAACACCACGAACUGAUGUGUCUCCUGACCCUCAAUCAUACAGGCACCGUGCCGUCUACCACCACCACCCUGCCACCCCCUACACGCCCCCCCUCAGGUCGCUGGGGCAGUCACCCAACACACUCGGUUGGGCCACAGUUGACCCAGUGUGUGUCCAACGCCGACUGUAUCUUUGAGAGGUCAGUAUGUCGAGGUGGUGAGUGUGUGUGUGAAUACCCGCGCACCUGGGGCCCCUCCGGCUGUGAGGAGACACAGAUCCUUGGAGGGCAGUGCACGUCAGACAACCAGUGCACGGCAGUGACCCCCAACGCGGAGUGCAAUGACUCGGUGUGCACCUGUGUCAGUCCAUUGACCAACUACUUCAACCUGGCUUGUAUACAUGCGAGUGUUGUGGGAGCCAUGUGUUACAACGAUGCUCAGUGCCGUGCCGUCAACAAGUUCAGCUUCUGCAGGUUCGUAGUGUCGGAGGUAGUGGGCACCUGUACCUGCGACCCGGAUCAGUUCAUUGACACCCACGGCCGCUGUGUUCCAAGGCUAGGUGGCCGGUGCAUUAAAGGCGACUGCCCGAGACAGCUGGGUGCUGCCUCCUGUCAGCGUGGCCGCGACGCAGUCCUCAAGUGUUUUUGCCGUAAGAAAGCUGUCCAACGGCGAGGCGUUUGUGUGUUGCCCUAACUCCUGUCGGUGCUACCCCAGCUUCUGUUGAUGCUUCUCCAGCUCCUACUGGUGCUGUCCUAGCUUCUACCGGUGCUGCUCUACCUUAUGCUGGUGUUGUUGUCGUCCUUAGAGGUGCUGCUUCAAGAGUUAAUCUGCAUCAUGUCAAGCCUCUUAGCGGUGCCUCCUUGCUGCCAGUUGUACGAGCGUGACCUUCGGGUGAGGACGUGUGUGGAAUGUUAUUUAGAGGGUGAUGUUGUUGUGAGUAUGAACUGUGGCUGUUGAUGUGAGGAGGCGUUUAUAUACACUCUGUUUGAUAGGAUGAGGAUGGAUCUGUUGCUGUGAGGACGUGGUAGAUGUGUGUACAGUAUAAGAUGCAUAGUGUUAAUAGUACAGCAGGUUAGAGCCACCAGGUGGAUGAAUCUUGCAUUUUGGUACAAAAGUAUGGGAAUUGGCUCAGGCAUAGUCUAAGACUCUAAGGUGUCUAUAAUAAUAUAUAGAUGGGUACCUAUCUGUAUCCAUGAGGUAUCUGGUCGCCACCUUGAUUUUGAAAAUGGAUGCUGCUAAAUGCUCAAACCUUCGUAAUGUUAUCCUCCCUUCUAUAUGACAUAGAAACUUGAUAUUUGUGUCGAAUCUUAGGUUUUUGAUACAAACAAUUUGUUUGUACCUUUGAUGUUUUUCUACAAUACAUUAUCCAAGUCAGUUUCCAAAAGAAUACUGAGAAAAUGAUUUUAAAACUAUGAUUUAAUACGAUGGUAAUAUACUCAUGCAGCAUGUAUGCAAAACA